AUGAUUUCAAGUCAAAAUACUUAUAGUGGCAACUCCUCAAUGUCGGUGUUAGCUUUAUCGAAAACACCACCAACAAUAGUAAAAGAGUUGGAAAGUGAAUUCAUAGAUGGAUUUGAAUUGAGUAGAAAUGAUGGUUGUUUAUCUUGGAAAGUCCCCGCCAACUCGGUUGCCGUUGUUAAGCCACUCAAGUUGAAUGAAGCAAGAUUUAGUAUGUUAAGUCAAAAUAGUUCAAAAAAAUCAAAAACUGCGAAUCCACGACCCAUCAACGCGUUGAACUAUAUUAAUAAUGGAACAAAAGGGAACGAGGUUGAAAACUCAGAAAUUCAAAAUCGAAAUAAUCGUAUUUAUCAACAAACACCAGCCAUAAAUCGUACCAAUGUGCCAGUGAGUCACCGGGUCAAUCAAGCAACUGUUCCACAGCGGAGCCCUAACUUUUCAAAUGGAAGAAUAAACAUAGGUUCAUUCUAUAGACCAAAAGCUUUUUCAAAGAUUCAAAAAAAUACCAAGAAGUUUCGAGUAUCGGAUACCACCAUGAAAGAAAUCUUCAAACCAACAGCUGCUUCGAGCGCUCCAUCAUCAGUGCAAAACAUCAAUAAAUUUCGAUUGUCAGACGAAAAUUUCAGCAAAAUAUUUGAAAACAUAUCUUCCACUGCCACUUUAAUGACAGAAAACUCGAGUCAAGCUCCACCAGUCAAUAAUACCACGGGUGAUUUCAAUCUACAACCGAUUACACCGAGCAAGAACAUAGCGUUCAACAUUCAACCUGCCAAUCAACCAAUCCUUGGAAAUGUAGUCGAUAUAGAUGUAGCUCCUAGGGACCAAACUCAUUCAAAAUCGCAAGAAGUAAGCGGACAUGCCACGAUUGAUAUGACUUCGAAUUUGCCACACGAAGCGUCGCUUUUGAACUUAACAUCUCGGGAUUUGCCACAGACUCAAGCUCUGGAGUCGACUUCAGCACCAACCUCACAUCAUAGCUUAAAUUUUCCACACGAAGCGUCGCAUUUAAACUUAUCAACUAAAAAUUUGCCACAGACUCAAGCUUUGGAAUCGAUGUCAGCACACCCCUCACAUGAUAGCGCAAUUCCUGCACAAAACACAAGCCUUGAGAAUACAAUCACAAUCGAUGAUGAAUUUGACCUUGACGCUAUAAAUUUUGAUUUUGAUAAACCCGAUCAAAAAAUCGAUCUUAAUGAAUUUACUUUGCCGGAACUUUCAAUAGUACCUCAAGUUAUUGAAAGUCAAGAAUGCUCACAAGAACCCGAGCGAAUUACUGAAAGUCAAGAAUACUCACCAGAACCAGAGCGAAUCCGUUCUCCACCAUUCUCAACGGUACAACCGCGUCAGGAGGAAAUACGUGAGGUACAGGAAUCCAAGUCUAACGUACCGAACAAUCAAGAAAUUGAAAGUUUAUUCAAAGAAUCAAAUAGUAAUUCCAAAGACGUCAGUCCAACCAUAUCUCCAACAAGACUGAUAAAUGACACUAUACCGCUAAUAUCUUUAUCAACACACCUUAAAUCGAAGGAAGAAUAUACAGAUCAUUCAAACCAGCUACAUAUUUCACCGGAUACGAGCGUUUCCGAGUCAGAAUCAGAAGAAUUAAGUCUUAUGGAUGCUUCAGCUCAACGAAUCAAAGAGAUGGAAUCAGAAGUUUUGAGUGAUGAUUAUAUUGAAAAUUUCGUAGCAGAUAAGAAGCUUAGAAAAAGAUAUAAAGAUAAACUAAGAGUAAAAGGAGUGGCUGGAUUUUUAGAAAAACAUUUAAGUGAUUCAAUGACCAAAUUUGACAUUUGUAAUUUGAUUUUAAAUUUAGGAUAUCCAAAAGCUGCUAUCAAAGAUCAUAAGUCUCAAACUAUUGAUGAGUUGGCAGGAAUAUUGAUCAAGUUGUUGAUGUGGGAUGAAAAAGGUGAUCUUUUGUCUGUCACUAAGGCAUUUGAGCAGCAAUAUUUUUUGGAUGAUUUUGUUGAAGAUUUGAAAACGAAGUCAAAGAUAAUGGUUAUAACGGGAGCAGGUAUCCUGACAUCAUUAGGUAUUCCAGAUUUUAGAUCAAACGAGGGUCUUUAUAGUAAAUUGGAAAGUCUCAAUUUAUCAGAUCCUCAAAUGGUAUUUGAUUUGAUGACUUUCAGACUUGAUCCAUCAAUCUUUUAUUCAGUUGCUCAUAUGAUAUUACCACCAGAUGAAAAAUUGAGUUUGUUUCAUUGUUUCAUUAGAUUGUUACAGGAUAAAAACAAAUUAAGAAGAUUAUACACUCAAAAUGUUGACAACUUAGAACUGGCGGCAGGUAUUAAUGAAACAAAAUUGGUACAAUGUCAUGGAUCAUUUGCUAAUGCUACUUGUAUUACUUGUAAAAAUAAAAUUAAUGGUAAACGUAUUCAUGAUAGUAUUCGUGGUGGUCUAAUUCCUCGUUGUUUUCAAUGUUGGAGAAAUAUAGAGAACGCACCUUUUAAUCAUGGUGUAUACAAACCUGACAUCACAUUUUUUGGGGAAGAUUUACCGGAGAAAUUUUACAGUUGUUUGAGUAAAGAUGCAAUUGAUUGUGACUUGGUUAUAGUUGUUGGAUCAUCAUUGAAGGUUGAACCAGUGUCGAGUAUGAUUGAUCAAAUACCUAAGAAUGUGAAAAAGGUUCUCAUAAAUAAAGACCCAAUUCCAGAUAAAAAUUUUGAUUUAAGUUUACUUGGUUAUUGUGACGAUAUCACAGCUUAUUUGUUGAAAACUUUAGGGUCUGAUUGGUUUCUUGAUCACAAGGAUUUUUCAGAGCAUUUCAAUUACAAGAUUGUAGAAACUAGAGAUCGCGUUAUCAAAGUUUCAAAAUGUUAA